AUGCCAGCUAUCAACGAUACCAGAUUCCAAUCUGCAGUGUUCCUUCUUACUGGGAUACCUGGGCAGGAAGACGUCUAUCUCUGGAUCUCCAUCCCCUUCUGCUUAGUGUAUGCUAUUUCAAUAGUAGGCAAUUCAUUCAUUGUGUACAUUAUAAAAACAGAUCCAAACCUCCAUGAACCCAUGUACAUUCUCCUUUCCAUGCUGGCUCUCACAGACCUUUCCUUAUCGAUAGCCACCAUGCCAACGACGCUGGGCAUAUUCUUGUUGAAUUAUAGGGAGAUCAGCCUGGAUGCUUGUUUUGCCCAGCUGUUUUUCAUCCACGCACUUGAAUGCAUUGAAUCCUCUGUGCUCUUGUUGAUGGCCUUCGACCGUCUCAUUGCAAUACGUGACCCCUUGAGGUAUGCUUCCAUCUUAACGCCACCGAGAAUAGCCACAAUGUGGCUUGUGUUUGCCCUCCGAGGGGUGGUCGUAAUGCUUCCAUUCCCCAUUCUCCUAAAACGUUUCAGAUUCUGUCGAGCAAAUGUCCUCUCCCAUAGCUACUGCAUACAUGGAGAAGUCAUGACAAUGGCUUGUUCGGAUAUCACAGUCAAUGACAUCUAUGGCUUGUAUAUUACACUCUUAACAGAAGGGUUGGACUCGCUGCUCAUCUUCCUUUCUUAUGUGGUCAUCCUCAAAAUGGUGCUGAGCAUCACAUCCCACACGGAGUGCUUGAGGGCCCUGAACACCUGCGUCUCCCACCUCUGCGCCGUCCUCGCCUUUUACACCCCAUUGAUAGGCCUGACAUUGAUACACAGAUUUGGGAAGAGCUCUUCUUUGCUUCAAAUUCUCCUGGGCUAUGUCUACCUGCUGGUCCCACCCCUGAUUAACCCGAUUGUGUACAGUGUGAAAAGCAAACAUCUUCGUGCGAGAAUAGUCAGGAUAUUUGUCCAUUGA